GAGAGUCAAAAGCUAGAGAAAAGGGGUGGGAGAAGCAGUCGGUGCAUGCGCACUAAGGUCUGUCUGGCCGACCUUCAGCUGUGCUGGUGGCACCAUGUUUUGUAGAGCUACUAUCGCCGGCUCCUCCGCCUGGGCUCUGCAGCCGCAAUGGAUCCAAGUCAGAAAUAUGGCAACUUUAAAAGAUAUUACCAGGAGACUAAAGUCAAUCAAAAACAUCCAAAAAAUUACCAAGUCUAUGAAAAUGGUGGCAGCUGCAAAGUAUGCCCGAGCUGAGAGAGAGCUAAAACCAGCCAGAGUAUAUGGAGUCGGGUCUUUGGCUCUUUAUGAAAAAGCUGAUAUUAAGGCUCAAGAAGACAUGAAGAAACACCUUAUUAUUGGUGUAUCCUCUGAUCGAGGCCUUUGUGGUGCUAUCCAUUCCUCAGUUGCUAAACUGAUUAAAAAUGAGGUUGCUACCCUCACUGCAGCUGGAAAGGAAGUUAUGAUUGUUGGAGUUGGUGACAAAAUCAGAGGCAUCCUUAAUAGAACUCACUCUGACCACUUCUUGGUGACAUUUAAAGAAGUGGGGAGGAAACCCCCUACCUUUGGAGAUGCUUCAAUCAUUGCCCUCGAACUACUAAAUUCUGGAUAUGAGUUUGAUGAAGGAUCUAUUAUCUUUAAUCGAUUCAGGUCUGUUAUCUCUUAUAAGACAGAAGAAAAACCCAUCUUUUCCCUAAAUACCAUUGCAAAUGCUGAGAGUAUAACUGUUUAUGAUGACAUUGAUGCUGAUGUGUUGCAAAACUAUCAAGAGUAUAAUCUGGCAAACAUCAUUUACUACACUCUAAAGGAAUCGACCACCAGUGAGCAGAGUGCAAGAAUGACAGCUAUGGACAAUGCUAGCAAGAAUGCCUCUGAGAUGAUUGAUAAGUUGACUUUGACAUUUAAUCGUACUCGCCAAGCUGUCAUCACAAAGGAGUUGAUUGAAAUCAUCUCUGGUGCUGCAGCUCUGUAAGUAUAUGGUCAGAUUUUAUAUUAAUUUCAUUCCUGCAUCCUCAGUUUCUGCUAGUUUGAUCUGGAUCCUGAAAUUUGAGAGUAACAAAAAUUGUUUGGCAUCAGAAAGAUAUGGUGAAGAUGAGUUUAACUCCAGUGUGUUAUAGCUAACAAGACUCAUUCUUUUAGAAAAGAUUAUGUUGUCAUUUUUUUCCCCUGUUAUCAAAUUAAUAGGAAAUUGUUAGACUUUGCAAAGAUGAAGCCAGGGCAAAUGGUCUUUGAAAAUAAGACUGGAAGAAAUAGUGAAAAUAAGCACUUUGAAAACUGCCUCUGUAACAUUUCUGGUACUAGGGAUAUAGGCCUAGUGACACUAUGUUGUUACUAGUUGAUACAAUUGAGUAAGAUCCUAUAUAGGCUGCCAGUGGAGGGGUUAGCUAGCCCAAAUAGGAAUAGAGGAGAGGAAAACUUAUUUGACAGCAGUUAGGACUGGUUCCAUGAGUAGCCCUUGCACUUCCAGCCCAAGUGAGAUAGUGAAACUCAGCCUUAAAACUUGAAGAGCAACAUUCAGAUAAUUAGAAAAUGAUUGAUAAAGUUAGCAAAUAGAAAAUUUUCUCUUUUGUGAAGUAUACACUUCAUUACUUCCUAUAAAAAUGUGAUUUGUGCAGUUCAGAGGUAGGAUUGUCUACAUCACAAAUUAGCUUUCACAAGGACUAGAAAGUACCUUGAUUAUUUUGAAUGGAGUUUUUAAAUUUUUUAUUACUUAUGUGCCUUUGUAUCAAUAAAACAGGAAUAAAAUGCAGCAUUUAUUGAUUCUGGUGCUGCCUGUGGCUACGUUUUUGUUGGUGGUGUGCUCUGCAUAGUUUGCAUGAAAAAUUUAUAUUUCUAACCAGAGUGAAAUUCAGUCAUUGCAAAUGACUGAUAAAGUUAUCUAGGAAUGUUUAAAUAUUUUUUAGCUUUACAGGUAUGCUUUUUUUUUUGGUCUAAAAUAAUGUGUAUGAUUGACUUGCAUGGAAUGCUUCUUGAUCUGCUUGUUCUGUUUUUUUUUUUCUCUAACAUAAUAACCAGGAACUAAUGGAUCCACAUUUUAUCCAAAUUCAAGAGGUAAAGUGGUGAAAUUACAACUAUGUUCUCAUCCCCUAAGCCCCUGAAAGAAAAAAAAAUAAAAUUUAAACAAACCAACUAAUUACAGGUAUUUCAAAAGCAAUAAGAGGUCUUUUUAAAAAAUAUAUAGAUUUAAUAUGAUAUAGCUUCAUUUAACUGUAGAACCUAAUAGAAGGAUUCAUAUGUGGGGAUUCCCAAGAGAUGCCAUGUGUUUGAGGGCUCUUUUUUUUUUUUAAUAGGAAGAAGUGCUAUCAGUAUUUUUGUCAAAUUGGGACUAUGACCCUGUAGUAGAAAACAAAUGUCAUAAUAUUUCAUUCAUAUGUUCAGUAUUAUGUUAGCUACUAAUUAGGACAAUUUACAACAAUAGUAUAUUGUUGUUUAUUUGUUCCAACUUUUUGUAACUUCAUUUGGAGUUUUCUUCGCACAGAUACUGAAGGGAUUUAUCAUUUCCUUUUCUAGUUCAUUUUUACAGAUCAGAAAACAAGAAAAACAGGGCUAAGUGACUUGCCCAAGAUCACACAUCAGGGAAGUGUCUCAGGCCAGACUGAAAUCAAGAAGAUGAACCUUCUUGACUUCAGGGCUGAAAUUCUAUUCGCUAUGCUAUCCAACUGCCCUACAACAAUAGUAUAUUAUCCUUUAAAAGCAUGUAGGAUAUAUUAUGAUAUCACCUCAAUGUUUUAUAUUCCAAAUUAACAAUGUUCAAUUUAUUUUUAUUUUUCAGGUAAAGACAUGAAAUGAAGCAAGCUAAUUAAUUUAGCCUACUUUUGUCUGUCAGAAGAACUCUUGGUCCACUGUGUACGUGGAAGACAAAAUAUUUGUAAAUUAUCUUACAAUAAACAAAUUACAUGAAAACAAA